UUAAAACUCCUCAAAAAAAAAUGGCUUCUUUCUCUCUUUAUAUAAUCACAUUUUUGUCGCAGCUUGUUCUGGUACUUUCCCAGCUUAACUGUAAUCAAUUUAUGCAUACAAGAACAAGAAAAACCACUUCAAAAACAUCGAUAAACUUGCUUAAAUUAGAGUGAUAAUAGCUUUAAGCUUAUAUUAUAGGAGUAACUAGAGAUGUUUGUGAAGUGGGUUUAUGCUAAUCAAGCUAUUCUGCUAUUAAUUGUGGGUGUUUUCAUAGUCUUAAAUGGGUCAGAAUUUUGUGAAGGAGGUCAAACAAGUAAAUUUUCAAGAAAAAGUAAUGAUCUUUCACUUGAUAUGCCCUUAGAUUGUGAUGUCUUCCAAGUUCCUCCUGGUUAUAAUGCUCCUCAACAGGUUCAUAUAACACAAGGAGACCACAUUGGUAAAGCUGUGAUAGUCUCUUGGACAACUGAAGAUGAGCCGGGAUCAAACAUUGUAUGUUAUUGGCCUGAAAACAGCACAGAAAAGAAAAGUUCGGAGGGAGUUGUACUUACUUACAACUAUGUCAAUUACACUUCUGGAUACAUUCACCACUGCACUAUUUCUGGGCUAGAGUUUGAUACAAAAUAUUACUAUGAGGUUGGAUCUGGCAAUUCGUCAAGGCAGUUUUGGUUCCUAACACCCCCAGAAUCUGGGCCCGAUGUCCCUUACACUUUUGGUCUCAUAGGGGACCUUGGUCAGACACAUGACUCAAACAGGACACUUACACAUUACGAGUUAAACCCAACGAAAGGCAAGGCACUUGUGUUUGUAGGAGACUUAUCUUAUGCAGACAACUACCCAUACAAUGACAAUGCAAGGUGGGAUACCUGGGCAAGAUUUGUUGAAAGAAAUGCUGCUUAUCAGCCAUGGAUCUGGACUGCUGGAAAUCAUGAAAUUGAUUAUCUACCAAAAGUGGGUGAAAGUAUACCCUUCAAGCCAUAUACAUAUCGAUUUCCAACCCCAUAUCAAGCAUCUCUCAGUACUGCUCCCUAUUGGUACUCGGUCAAAAGAGCUUCAGCCUAUAUCAUUGUCAUGGCUUCCUACUCAGCUUUUGUAUAUGGUGCAGGGAAGUACACACCUCAAUACAAAUGGGUGAUGGAUGAGUUGCCUAAGGUAAACAGGACGGAAACCCCUUGGCUGAUAGUUGUAAUGCAUUGCCCAAUGUAUAGUAGUUAUGUCCAUCAUUACAUGGAGGGAGAAAGCAUGAGAGUAUUGUAUGAAGCAUACUUUGUCAAAUACAAGGUUGAUGUCGUGUUUGCUGGUCAUGUCCAUGCCUACGAGAGAUCAGAACGUAUAUCUAACAUAGCAUAUAACAUCAGUAAUGGUGUAUGUGUUCCUGUGAGAGACGAGUCAGCUCCAGUUUACGUAACUAUUGGAGACGGAGGGAAUCUUGAAGGGUUGGUUUACGAAAUGACCCAACCACAGCCAGAGUACUCUGCUUAUCGUGAAGCAAGCUUUGGUCAUGGCAUUUUCGACAUCAAGAACAGAACACACGCGUAUUUUGGUUGGCACCGUAAUCAAGAUGGAUAUGCUGUGGAAGCAGAUUCUUUUUGGCUUCACAACCGAGUCUGGCGUCCUAUACAAGAACAACCUAUGGUUUCUUCAUUGUAAUUCCAGCUCAAUCAUCUUUCAAAGUUCAUGCUCAAGAAUGUUGUCAAAACUUACCAGAAUAUUUUAGGAAGGAAUGUAACAUCUCCGUACUUCGUA